ACGAAUUACUUAUUAAUUGAAUUAAAUCAUAAUAAAAUUAAAAUUAUAUAGUCAAAUUAAAAAGUAAAAUACAAUGAGUGCACUUAAAAUAAUAAUAAUUGCAAUUAUUUUACUAAUUUUAUGUAAAUAUAUCUCCAAAUUAAUAAGUUUCAUUAAUUUUUCUAUGCUAAUUAAUAAAUUUCCUGGUCCAGUACCAUAUCCAAUAUCCUACCUCGCUUUAGUUGGUUGGAAAAUAAAAGAAGAAGACCGUUUUAUAUGGCUUCAGGAUGUUCACCUUAGCUUUAAAGAAGGUCUAAUGAAACUUGUUUUAUUUUUGGAUGCUUAUAUUGUAAUGCAUAAACCGCGUCAUAUGGAGGUCAUUCUACCAAAAUCAGAAACUAUAACAAAGGCCGAUUUUUACAAUACUUUUAAAUCGUGGUUAGGUGAUGGUCUAUUAACAUCUUCAGGUGAAAAAUGGUUUCACAACAGAAAACUUUUAACGCCAGCUUUUCAUUUUGGUGUUAUCGAUCAAUUUAUCGAAACAAUGUCAGAAAAAGCAGAAAUUCUUGUUGAAUGUUUAGAGAAUAAAUUAAAAAAUAAUGGUGGUGAAUCCAUUGAUUUUUAUCGACAUUCAGUUAGAUGUGCGCUUGAUAUUAUUUGUGAAACCUCAAUGGGAGCAAAUAUGGACGUUCAAAGAAGUCAUAAUAUACCGUACAUCAAAGCCUUAGAUGUUAUGCUACUUGUACUUGUAAAGAGAUUAUUUUAUCCAUGGUUAAAAUGGGAUUGGCUAUUUUACAAAACAAAAUUAGGAAAAAAUUAUAAAAAUUCGAUGGAAAUUAUGAACAACUUUACAAUUGGGAUUAUUAAGAAACGGAGACAACUUCGAAAAAUGAAAAAAUCACAUGACAAUGUAGACGAGUUUGGUAAACGUCGCAAAAAGGCUUUCUUGGAUAUAAUGUUAGAUUUGGACGAGAAAGAGAAAGUUCAUAUGACAGAUGAGGAAAUAAGAGAGCAGGUGGAAACUGUUAUGUUCGCUGGACACGAUACAACUGCGUCAGCGAUAAACUGGACAAUUUUUAGUCUUGGAAAUAAUCCCAAAGUACAAAAACUGGUACAUGAGGAAUUGGAUGCUGUAUUUGGUGAUUCAAUGAAACCAGCUACUAUGCAACAAAUUGUUGAACUCACAUAUCUCGAACGUGUCAUCAAAGAAAGUCUAAGAAUGUAUCCCUCUGUUCCAUUCAUUGGACGACGUAUAAUCGAGGACAUUAAAAUAGUUGGUUAUAAAUUACCUAAAGGAACAAAUGUUGGGCUCAAUAUCUUCGCUCUACAUCGAGAUCCUGAGUCAUGGACAAAUCCUGAUGAAUUCGAUCCUGAUCGAUUUUUACAAGAAAAUUGUCAAAAUCGACACCCCUACGCUUAUAUUCCAUUUAGUGCAGGGCCAAGAAAUUGCAUUGGAAUGAAAUUUGCAAUGGUUGAACUAAAAAUUGUUUUAACAGCAAUUUUGCGAAAAUGGCGAGUCAAGAGUUUAAGAAGUCCCGAAGAAAUGAAAUAUCAAGCUAACAUGAUUCUUUGUCCUUGUAAUGAAAAUCCUGUCUAUUUGCUCCCUCGCGAUAAAAUCAUAUUAAAAUUAUAUUGUGAAAUUAACAAGGAAAAUACAAUGAGUGCACUUGGAAUAUUAAUAGUUUCAAUUAUUAUACUAAGUUUAUGUAAAUAUAUCGCCAAAUUAAUAAGUUUAAUUAAUUUUUCUAUCCUAAUUAAUAAAUUCCCUGGUCCAGUACCAUAUCCAAUAUCGUACCUCGCUUUAGUUGGAUGGAAAAUAAAAGAAGAAGACCGUUUUAUAUGGAUUGACGAUGUUCAACUUAGAUUUAAAGAAGGUCUAAUGAAACUUGUUUUAUUUUUGGAUGCUUACAUUUUAAUGCGUAAACCGCGUCAUAUGGAGGUCAUUCUACCAAAAUCUGAAACUACAACAAAAGCCGAUUUUUACAAUACUUUUAAAUCGUGGUUAGGUGAUGGUCUAUUAACAUCUUCAGGUAAAAAAUGGUUUCACAACAGAAAACUUUUAACGCCAGCUUUUCAUUUUGGCGUUAUCGAUCAAUUUAUCGAAACAAUGUCAGAAAAAGCAGAAGUUCUUGUUGAAUGUUUAGAGAAUGAAUUAAAAAAUAAUGGUGGUGAAUCCAUUGAUUUUUAUCGACAUUCUGUUAGAUGUGCGCUUGAUAUUAUUUGUGAAACCUCAAUGGGAGCAAGUAUGGACGUUCAAAGGAGUCAAGACAUACCGUAUAUUCAAGCCUUAGAUGUUAUGCUACUUGUACUUGGAAAAAGAAUAUUUUAUCCAUGGUUAAAAUGGGAUUGGCUAUUUUACAAAACAAAAUUAGGAAAAGAUUAUGAAAAUUCGAUGGAAAUUAUGAACAACUUUACAAUUGGGAUUAUUAAAAAACGGAGGCAACUUCGAAAAAUGAAAAAUUCACAAAACGAUGUAGAUGAAUUUGGUAAAAGACGGAAAAAAGCUUUCUUGGAUCUUAUGUUAGAUUUGGACGAGAAUGAGAAAGUUCAUAUGACAGAUGAGGAAAUAAGAGAGCAGGUGGAAACUUUUAUGUUUGCUGGUCACGAUACGACCGCUUCAGCGAUAAACUGGACAAUUUUUAGUCUUGGAAAUAAUCCCGAAGUACAAAAACUGGUACAUGAGGAAUUGGAUGCUGUAUUUGGUGAUUCAAUGAAACCAGCUACUAUGCAUCAAAUUGCUGAACUCGCAUACCUCGAUCGUGUCAUCAAAGAAACUCUAAGAAUAUAUCCCUCGGUUCCAAUGGUUGCACGUUACAUGACGGAUGACAUUGAAAUAGAUGGAUAUACAAUUCCUAAAGGAGCGAAUAUUGCACUUCAUAUAUUUGGCUUACAUCGUGAUCCAGAUGUUUGGCCGGAUCCAAUGAAAUUCGAUCCUGAUCGAUUUUUACCAGAAAAUUGUCAAAAUCGACACCCCUACGCUUAUAUUCCAUUUAGUGCAGGGCCAAGAAAUUGUAUUGGAAUGAAAUUCGCCAUGGCUGAAGUAAAAAUUACCGUAACUGCAAUUUUGCGAAAAUGGCGUGUGAAAAGUUUAAACAGUCCCAAUCUAAGAAAAUUCAAAGCUCACAUGGUUUUAUGUCCUCACAAAGGAAAUCCGACCUUAUUCUUUCCUCGAAAUGAAUAAUACAAAAAUUUCUUCCAAACUUUACUCCCUAAAUUUGAAUUUAAAAAAAAUAUUUAUUAAUUUGAAUUAGUCACUGACUUUUUGCUUUUGAAUUAGUAAAUUUUACUAAUUAAUUCAGGCUUCGUACUUGAUAAAUAAUUUUAAAAAAGUAGCUUUGAAACUGAAAGAAAGUAUAGUAAAAAAAGUAUCUAUCGAGAAAUUGAAUUUGCGACUAAAUCUUUUCAUAAUUUCUAAAUUAAAAAUUUUAAAAAAAAUAUUUUUUUUAAAUAAAUAUUUAAAUAACUAUUUAUUUUUCCACGGGAAUUAAAAUUUUUUUAAUUAAUU